GGGGCCGUCACGCAGCAUCGAUCGGCGCGGGCCGGUCGUCACAGCGUUACACAGUCGAGUUCGGAGUUCGGACCGAGCGGCGGCGAACUACGUGACGCGGGCAGUUGGAGGAACGAGCAGCGAGUGGUAUGCUUCAAGAGUUAAGUGUGUGAAAUCGAGGAGCGGAAUCGACAAGAUUGGGCUUUCGCCGUCCUCGCUAAGGUCAGAGCGGACACAAGCGACAGUUCGGCGUGCCUCGAUCCGGUAGAGGCGGUGUGACCAGCGGGCCGACCGGCGGACGAAGGACGUCGCCAUGGCGGCCACCCGGCACUACACCAUCAUCUCCCAGGGGGAGGACGUGGAGGACCUGCUGCCGCCGGCCGGCGCGCUGCCCGCCGUGGCCACGGCCUCGCUGCGCCGCCGGGCGCUGCUGAUGGCGCUGGGCGCUGGUAUGGCGCUGACCACCGUGGUGCUGGUCGUCACACUGCCGCUGGUGCUGGUCGGGCCGGCGGCCAGCGGGUCCAGACUCGAGCCGGCAGCGGAGGCGCAGCAGGUGGUGACGCUGCCGACCACCACCACGACCACAACUACAACUACAGAGCCGCCGACAACUACCACCACUACCACCACCACCACUACUACCACUGAGCCAACAACCACCACAACCGAACCAACAACCACCACCACCACUACCACAGAGGCUCCAAUCACCACUUCUACAACAACCACGACCACUACCACCGCAGCGCCGACCACGGCUGUUCAGCCGGCCGACGAGGUCCCUCCGGCGAGUUCCUCCGGCUCGGAGGAAUGGACGUCCUCCGGGGAACAGGGAGGAGGUGCUCCUCCAGCUGCUUCGGACCAGUACGAUCCUCAUCGCACCUGGACGUCUGCAAUGACCACCGAUCCAGCGUUCGUACCGGCGUCUAUAGCCGUGAUCGUGAUGUUGGCCUUGGUGGCCUUGGCAGCAAUCACAGCCGCCAAACGACGAUCUGACAGGAACCAGCGACGGAAAAACAUCGGUCGAAUGGCCGAAGACCUCCAAUCGGGUGAUAAGGUGACUCUGAUGAGCUCAGAUGAAGACUGAAACCCAUCGGGAAAUGAAAUGAAAUCGGAAAGCGAAGGAAGACAGCCGAGACAUCACCCAGAACAAGCUGAGAAAACUCUGAACAACAGACAUCAGGAAAACCCGAUCAACGUCAUCAACACGACACAGUGCGAGUGCGACAUGUUGACAUUUCACACAGUUCUUUGAUGGAGCGAAUAGAUGUCAACCACAUUAAUGUUCAAGCGCCUGCCUCGGUCACUCAGGCAGCGGGGACCGAUCUAUGUAGUGCGUCGUAUGCCGAGCCCGGGCCUUUCGUGAGCGCCGCCUGUGGAGAGACAUACCCCAAACAGGUGUCUGCCGGAGGUCGAACGACUGUGAACACUUGUGUGGUGUGUGCCGAAGCCGAGUGGAUGCAGAUAAACUCUGCAGCUGAACGGAAACGGCAGCGAUGCGUCGUAGUGUUCGCAGCGGUGGUGCCAUCUUCCGACCCAAGGUUGGUGCUAAGGUUUGUGCUGAUAGGAUAUGGACUGAGCUCAAUGUUGGCCCAUGUCGGUGGCGUCAAGACGGGCCGAGGGUAAGGGAACAUUCUGAGUGCCGAAACCAGUCGCCAACGGUGGGCAGUUAUUGUUGGACGAUGAAAGAGAAGAGGGUCGCGUCGCGAGACGUGUCAUGUCGCACAGUGGGCAUUGGGAGAUCGGGGAGUAACUUGUAUCGAAGAACAAUCAGUUGUGUGUGCUAUGCCUCGUGCCGAGGAAAUGUGGGUGAUUCCCCUGACCAUGUAUAUAACAGACUUUAAUGUAGCAUAGUUGGACUUGAUUUGUCAUUGCUUUGUGAGUGACAGCUCCCUAUACGAUUUGCUAGUGAGAAUUGAAGUUAACGACAUCUGCUGAGUUACGCUAAUAAGAAAUGACUGUUUCAUCAAUAAACCACGCUAAAUAAU